CUGUUUAGUUUCGCUGUUUCUUUGCUUGGUACAGAAGUUUGUGCUGAGCCGACCAGUUGCUGAGGCAGAAGACGGAAGCAUGGAGGACGAACCGAUGACCAUCGCCCACCAAAUCGGAGGUGUCCAAAACGACAAGCUUCGUUUCGGACUUCAGGGCGUUAAGAGUGACAUCGUUGGAUCUCAUCCCCUUGAAUCUGCUCAGAAAUCUGCAAGACAAACACAGGAAUCGAUGAAGAGAAAAUGCAUUAUCAACACUUAUGGGUCUGCUUUUCCGCUGAAGAUGGACCUGGACAGGCAAAUACUUUCUAGGUUCCAGAGACCUCCAGGAGCCAUUCCAUCUUCAAUGCUGGGUUUGGAAGCUUAUACUGGAAGUCUGGAUCACAUCGGUUUUGAGGAUUAUCUUAAUGAUCCUCGGGAAUCUGAAUCUUUUCAGCCACCAGACAUGCACCAUGGAAUGGAAGUUCGCCUUGGUAUUUCCAAGGGGCCAGUCUACCCAAGUUCCAUGUAAUGAAAGCAUCGGAAUAUUCACUACAAAGAAAGGGAUGGAGCCAGCAGCAUGUUUCAUUAUAGUUUCUGUUUACUAAUUUUAGAAUGUUUUGGAUGCAUGAUUAAUGGAAACACCGAACUUGUAAUCAAAGUCAGACAGAUUCUUGUGUCUUGUGAUGCAUUUUAUACCUUCCAAACAUUUGACCACUUAAAGCUUCGGCUCUAUUUCUGCGGCU